AUGGCGUUCCAAGUCUUAUUUCAAAGACUAAACCAGAGAAAUUUAAGAAGAGAAAGGGUCUUCAGGGACCGGACACAUCCUUUAUAUAUGUACGAUGAUAAAGACUUGAUUAUGAGAUUCCGCAUGCCAAGAUAUUUUAUUUUAGAUAUCAUAGAUUUGUUGGCUGAUGACUUGGAGCCACCUACUAUAAGGUCCAAGAGCAUAUCUGCUUCUCUUCAAGUUUUGACGGCCAUGAGGUACUUUGCCACUGGAUCUCUACAACAGGUAGUCGCUGACAUUUCAUGGGUAAGCCAGCCAACUGUUCCAAGAAUUGUCUGCAAAACAUCUAGAGCUUUAUCAAAUAGGACAAGGGAAUUCAUCAAGUUUCCUGAGAGAAUAGCAGAACAGCUUGUAAUCAAACAGGGGUUUUCGUGUGAAUUUAACAUUCCAAAUGUAUUGGGAUGCGUUGAUGGAACACUUAUCCAAAUUAAACCACCAUCGGAAAGGGAAGACGCGUAUGUAUGUAGAAAAGGGUAUCACGCAAUUAACGUUUAG